UUAAUAUACAGACAAGUCCGGGCAGACACACUCCGCGAUCCGCCACCGGACAGCCACGGACUAUUUACUCCGCUGUCAGGCCACCCAUGUCCCGGAGUAAGUGACAAAAACCGGGACCAGGCAGCAGCCAAACCGGAGGACCGGCGCCGACACAAAGCUAUCUGGCUGGACCUGACCAUGAGCCUCGCGGAUCAGCUGACAACAGCCGCAGCCAGGGGCGACACGGAGGAUGUGGAGGCUCUUCUGCGGAGAGGAGCUCCGGUGGACGGAGAAAACUGCUUCGGGCGAACCGCUCUGCAGGUGAUGAUGAUGGGCAGCAGCGCGGUGGCCCGGCUGCUGCUGGACCACGGGGCGGACCCCGGCGUGAGGGACCGCAGCACCGGCUCCACCCCGCUGCACGACGCGGCCCGGGAGGGCUUCGUGGAGACGGUGCGGCUGCUGGUGCAGGCCGGGGCCGAGCACCGCGCCAGGGACAAUAAACACUGCACUCCCGCUGAUUUAGCCAGGGAGGAAGGCCAUGCAGAUGUCGUUGCCUUCCUGGACACUCUGGAAAACUGAGACGCUGUAAUGUUUUUAUUUAAUCCACCCGGUUCUGAUCGACCCCUGACCAGGCCUGGUAUAAUUUAUGCUUUUACUGCUGAGCUGUAUUUCUCCUAUUUAUUUUCUUGCUGAAUUUGUGUCAUUAUUUAUAUUCAACCGAUCGGCGCUGUUGACAUGGUCGCUGAUAAGAGUAUAUUGUUAUAAAUGCAUAUUUCUUCCUGCAGAUUCAGCUGUAGUUUUAAAAAUGCUGUAUUUUUGGUUUUGUGCAUUGUAUGUUUUUGUCCUUAGAAUAAAUAUUAAUAUUUCUGUAUUUUUUUAAACUUCUGUAAUGUCAGGUAUUUAACAAAAAAAAAAAAAGUCCUGAUACCGGGUUAUAUAAAAUAUAUUUU